CUGCCUUCAGAUACUUUGCAGCUUUUUUGAUAAGAAAAAUUUACCCCUUGCUUUACUCUCUAUAUUCUUGUUUUGCAUUCCAAUUUCAUGAAGGCAUCUUGUUCCUUUUCUUGUGGCUUCAGUUAUAUAAGGUUCCUGAAUUAUCUAGAAAAAAGCCUUGGAAGCAUGGCAUCUUUCAGAGCCAGCAUUGUCUUUGUUCUUUUGGUAUCAGUAUACAUCUGCAUUGGGCAGGCAGAGCAUGUUAAAUACAAGGAUCCAAAAGAGCCACUUGGAGUUAGGAUCAAUGACUUGAUGAAGCGAAUGACUCUAGAAGAAAAGAUUGGACAGAUGACCCAAAUUGACCGAAGCGUUGCAUCUGCAGAUGUAAUUCAAAAGUAUUUCAUAGGCAGUUUGUUGAGUGGAGGUGGAAGCGUACCUCACCUCCAAGCCACUGCAAAAGAAUGGGUUGAUAUGGUAAAUGGGUUUCAGAAAGGAGCUAUGUCUACCCGUCUCCAGAUCCCAAUGAUUUAUGGCAUUGACGCUGUUCAUGGUCACAACAAUGUUUACAAGGCUACCAUAUUCCCCCACAAUGUUGGUCUUGGAGCUACCAGGGAUCCUGAACUUGUGAAGAGAAUUGGUGAGGCAACUGCUUUGGAAGUUAGAGCGACUGGCAUCCCUUAUGUUUUCGCACCUUGUGUUGCGGUUUGCAGGGAUCCAAGAUGGGGCCGCUGCUAUGAGAGCUACAGUGAGGAUCCUAAGGUUGUUAAAGCUAUGACAGAAAUUAUUCCUGGUUUACAGGGACAAUUACCUUCAGGUUCAAGCAAAGGAGUCCCUUUUGUCGCUGGAAAUCGCCAUGUAGCUGCCUGCGCCAAGCACUACGUGGGUGAUGGCGGCACACAUGAUGGAAUCAACGAGAAUAACACCAUUAUCAGUCGUACUGGCCUCCUCAGAAUUCACAUGGCUCCAUAUUAUGAUGCUGUUUACAAGGGGGUUUCGACUGUCAUGGUUUCUUAUUCAAGCUGGAAUGGAAAAAAAAUGCAUGCAAACCGUGAUUUAGUUACUGGUUAUCUCAAGAACCACCUCAAGUUCAGAGGAUUUGUUAUUUCAGAUUGGAUGGGCAUUGACAGGAUCACAUCUCCACCACAUGCAAAUUAUUCAUAUUCAGUUCAUGCUGGAAUUCAUGCUGGCAUUGAUAUGAUCAUGGUUCCAUAUAACUACACAGAGUUCAUUGAAGAGCUAACCCGCCAAGUUAAAAAUAAGUUGAUUCCAAUGAGCAGAAUUGAUGAUGCAGUUGGGCGGAUAUUGCGAGUCAAGUUUGUGAUGGGGCUUUUUGAGAAGCCCUAUGGUGAUUACAGUUUAGUGGACGAACUUGGCAGUCAGGUUCAUAGAGAAUUGGCAAGGGAGGCUGUUAGGAAAUCACUUGUUCUGCUUAAAAAUGGAAAGCGAGGCACCAAGCCUGUGUUGCCACUUGACAAGAAGGCCCCUAAGAUCCUUGUCGCCGGAACCCACGCCGACAACUUGGGCUACCAGUGUGGUGGAUGGACAAUCCAAUGGCAAGGUGUAUCAGGAAACAAUGAUACCAAAGGAACAACCAUUCUCAGUGCUGUGAAGUCAACGGUCAGCCCCAAGACUGAAGUUGUGUUUGAAGAGAAUCCGAGCGCAGACUUUGUGAAGGAGGGUGAAUUUUCUUAUGCCAUUGUGGCUGUUGGCGAGGCUCCUUAUGCAGAAACAUUUGGCGACAGCAUGAACUUAACCAUGCUCAGCCCUGGUCCUUCUAUUAUCCAAAGCGUUUGCAAAUCUGUGAAGUGUGCUGUGGUCAUCAUCUCAGGCAGGCCCAUUGUCAUUGAGCCGUAUGUGUCGCAGAUUGACGCCUUGGUGGCCGCAUGGUUGCCGGGAACUGAAGGCCAGGGCGUUGCAGAUGUCCUGUUUGGUGACUAUGGCUUCUCAGGCAAGCUGCCACGGACCUGGUUCAAGAGCGUUGAUCAGCUCCCCAUGAAUGUUGGUGACAAGUACUACGACCCACUUUACCCAUUUGGCUAUGGCCUGACUACAUCUCCAGCAAAUUCCAAUUAGAGAAAACAGCUUAGUUUGAAAGCAAUCAAGCCUAUAUAGAUUGCAGUCCUGUUCCGAUAUUCUUUGCAAGUGUAAUCGAACUAAUUGUAUUAUGGGAACUUCUUAAGCUAUAAUUUAUAUCGUAAUAUUAAAAGGAAGUUUGAUUUCA